GGCAUAGAGAUAGUAAAUGUUUGUGGUAUUAUUCAGCUGGUAUAGAUUAGAUACUAAUAUUAUUAUCUAUGUGUUUGGUUGAUGAUCAAGUGAUCAAAAAAAAGAAAAAGAAAAACUUUCAAGUAGGAGUGGCAAGUAAAGCACAAAGAUUGAAACUAAGGUCAUGGUCCCAGAUCAGCUAUUUCAAACAAAUUAUCAAAGCCAUUAGCACCUGACACACCAAUACUUGACUCUGCUCCUUUCACAUGAAAAGACAUUAAGCAGCAAGUAAAUUUCUUUGCAAUGGCACUACAUAGAGCAGCAUAUUCAUCAUUUUUGUCACGAUUAGCCCCAUUUGGAUUAUCUUUUUCCAAAGUUGUCAGAUGUGUUAGUCCUGAAAAUUAUGGGUGGCUACAGACAUUAAGGUGUCUUGCUGAUAGCAGUCAAGUCUCUGAACAACUCAAAGGUGAAGAUAGACGAGAAGCACUGAAGUCACAACAAAUACCCAAGAUUAAAAGACCACCUUUUGCAAAAAACUUGUUUUUAGGGAUCUUUGAUAAGGAAAUUCUAGCUUAUCCAGAAGUAUUAAACAAGGAAGAACUUACAGAUCUAAAUGGAAUGGUAGAAGUGGUGGAAAGAUACUUCAAAGAAAAAGUUGACUCCAAAAAAAUUGACAAUGAAGCUGUAAUCCCAGAAGAAACAUUACAGGGUUUAAAAGACUUGGGUCUAUUUGGGCAGCAAAUACCUGUAGAGUAUGGGGGACUUGGUUUGAAUGCUACAGAAUUUGCCAGAUUAGCAGAAAUUACAAGUUUGGAUGGAGCAAUUGCUGUUACUCUUGCAGCACACCAGUCUAUAGGAUUAAAGGGUAUCCUGAUUUCUGGUAAUGAGGAACAGAAGGCCAAGUAUCUACCAAAACUUGCCACAGGAGAACACAUAGCAGCAUUUUGUUUAACUGAACCAGGAAGUGGAAGUGAUGCUGCAUCCAUCCAAACAAAAGCCACAUUAAGCAAAGAUGAAAAGACCUUUUACUUGAAUGGGGAGAAAAUCUGGAUCUCUAAUGGUGGGAUUGCAGAUAUCUUCACAGUUUUUGCUCGAACUGAACAACUCAAUGAAAGGCAUGAGAAGGUUGAGAGUAUUUCAGCUUUCAUUGUUGAAAGAAAGUUUGGUGGUAUUACUUCUGGUAAGCCUGAGGAUAAGAUGGGAAUUCGAGGUUCCAACACAUGUUCAGUACAUUUUGAUAAUACACCAGUUCCUGUUGAAAAUAUGUUAGGAAAGGUUGGGGAUGGUUUUAAAGUGGCUAUGAAUAUUCUUAAUAGUGGAAGGUUUAGCAUGGGUAGUUCAGCAGCUGGGUUUCUUAAAGAAUUACUUGGUGUAACUGUGGAACAUGCUAUCAACAGAGUUCAAUUCAAAAAACCACUUGCAGAGUUUCACAUGAUCCAGGAAAAGAUAGCAAAGAUAACCUGUAGUAUUUAUGCCGUGGAGAGCAUGGCAUAUUUAACAGCUGGACUAUUGGAUACAUUGGAGAGUCCUGAUUGUUCUAUGGAGGCAGCUAUGGUCAAGGUUGCUAGCUCAGAAGUUGCAUGGUGGAGCAUCAGCGAAUGUCUGCAGAUUCUUGGAGGUCUUGGUUACAUGAAAGACUACCCAUUUGAGAGGUAUCUGCGAGACUCGAGAAUCAUGAUGAUUUUUGAGGGAACCAAUGAGAUCCUAAGACUUUAUAUUUCCUUGGUAGGAUGUCAACAUGCUGGGGUGGAACUUAAGGAUGUUGUCAGAAAAUUACGUAACCCAUUCAUGAAUCCAGCCUUUACCAUUCAAAAGCUCUUGCAGAGGAGCCGACAAAAGAAUGACAGAGUGAAACUAAGUAUGGACUUGCGGGGAUAUGUACAUCCAUCCUUAGCAAUUGCAGCAGAAUGGCUUGAAUAUUCAGUAAUGAGGUUGCAAUAUGGAGUGGAGCUUGUGCUGGCAAGACAUGGCAAAGUAGUUGUUGACCACCAGAUGGAGCUGAAGAGACUAGCUGAUGUUGCUAUUGAUGUGUAUGCAAUGACAGCAGUUUUGGCCAGAGCUUCUCGUUCAUACUGCAUUGGGUUGAAGAAUGCUGAUCAUGAGGUGAAAAUAGCUUACACAUUCUGUGCAAAUGCCAUGAAAAGAAUAAGAGAAAAUGUGAAAGACUUAGAAGAAGGACCAUAUAUGAAUAAUGACAGGAAUUACCAAGAACUUGCCUCCACCAUUUUUAAGAAUAGAGGGUAUGCAGCAACACACCCACUGACAAGGAACUGGUACUAAUAGUUAAAAAUAAUUUAGGGUUAAUUUACAAUUGUGAUCUUGUUAAUACCACAUACAUAAUUAAAUUUAACGAGACUGUAGUCACAACUCCAGAACUUCAUAGAUAAAA